AUAUGGACUUCUAAUCAACACACAUCACAAGAGGACACUGUCACGCUUGUAUUUAAGGUAUAUUCUGGACAGAGAGCGAGUAAUAUCCACAGGAAGCGUGAUAUUAUGGGCUGUCCGUCACACUGAAUUAGCUCCUGCAGGAACACACAGAUGACUCCCGGAGACUUCUAUGGAUAAACAUGCGUUAAUGUGGGAUUUUACUCAGCUGACAAACAGCAGGACCGAGUUUGAAAAGGUUCAGCCCUCCUACCGACUGUCAUGGAGCCCCUGAAGCCCCAAAGCCCUGACGAGGAUGAAGAGCUCCUCUCCACAGACCCAGAGAGCAAAGACAAGAGCAAAGACAAGAAGACGCUGUGCAAAGUGAAGUGGUCCCGAGACGAGGAUGAAAAGCUGAAGAAACUGGUCGAGCAGCGCGGACCGGACUCCUGGAAACUCAUCGCUAGCUUCUUUCCAGGGAGGACAGAUGGCCAGUGUCAGCACCGCUGGCAGAAGGUUCUCAACCCGGAGCUGGUGAAAGGCCCGUGGACAAAAGAGGAGGAUCAGAAGGUGAUCGACCUGGUCCACAAGUAUGGUCCGAAGCGCUGGUCCGUGAUCGCCAAGCACCUGCAGGGCCGGAUCGGGAAGCAGUGCCGGGAGCGCUGGCACAACCACCUGAACCCAGAGGUGAAGAAGUCCUCGUGGACGCAGGAGGAGGACCGCGUCAUCUACGAGGCCCACAAGCGCCUCGGGAACCGCUGGGCCGAGAUUUCCAAGCUGCUGCCCGGACGGACGGAUAACUCCAUCAAGAACCACUGGAACUCCACCAUGAGGAGGAAGGUGGAGCACGAGGGAUACCUGCAGGACGGCAGCAAGGGCUUCAGCUCGUCUCAGUGUGGGGGCAAGAGACGCCACCACAGAGCCCCCACUGCAGCAGAGCCCCCCCACUGCGACCAGAUGGGAGGGUUUCCCUUCGACGCUCCUCUCCCUCGCCCCCUAAUGGACACUCCCCUGGACGGCUUCCCCUCACCGAGCGUCCCGGACGACCCCGACAGAGAGCAGAGAAUAAAGGAGCUUGAGCUGCUGCUAAUGUCAGCAGAGAGCGAAGUCCAGCGGCAGAGCAGAGACCCCCGUACUCUGGAUCCGUACUCCUCCUGGUCGGACGGUUUAUCCGACGACGCUCUGACCACCAGCAGCAGCAGCAGCCUGGAGGAUCAAGUGGUGGAGAGGAGGUCCUGGAGGGGCUCCGAGGUCUCCUCUGGAGGCCCCCCUCAGCCCCCUGUCUCCCCCAGCAGGUUCCUGUCUGAGGCCGGGACGGUGCUCUCCGGCCUGCAGACCAUCCCGGAGUUCGCAGAGACGAUGGAGCUCAUUGACUCGAUGUGCUUCGCUCUGCAGGACCCCGUCUCCUGGAGCGACGUGGGGAGCUUCGAUCUGUCAGAGACGGAGACGCCCCCCCGGCACAACCAUGCCGGAUACACCUCCCUGCUGCAGGAGAGGACGGCCGAUACCUCCCUGGCUUUCUCCAGCAACACCCCCUCCUCCGCCUGGGAGAAAAGCGGCUCCGCCUUCGGUCUGACUCCCAUCAGCUGCUCCAAACCCCCCCACACAGGGAGGAGGAGGAGGAGAGAGAAGGGGGAGCCGUCUCCAAACUCCUUCCUGGAGAACAUCACCAACUCCCCCAGGAAGACGCCCACCAAGACCCUGCCCUUCACCCCGUCACGGUUCUGCAACAUAUCAGGGGCGGAGCAUCUGACCCUGGAGAACCCCGCCCUCACCUCCACCCCCGUGUGCAGCCAGCGCUGUCUGCUCAACACGCCGCUGUACAAGGAAACCACGCCCAAGCACCAGAAGGAGAACGACGGCUCUCGGACGCCUAAGUUCCGUAAAAGCGUCAUGAUCCAAACCCCUCGCACACCGACACCCUUCAAAAACGCUCUGGCUGCUCAGGAGAAGAUGCACGGGCCGCUGAAGAUGGAGCCGCAGCCGCUGGCCUUUCUGGAAGAAGACAUCCGAGAAGUCCUGAAGCAGGAGACUGGGUCGGACAUCUUCAACAGAGUGGACGUGCAGCCGGACUACAGAGCCUGGAAACACAGCAGCGACGGUCCAGCCAGGAAGGUGCGUAAGUCUCUGGUGCUGGACCCCUGGGGGAAAGACUGUCUGAACGUGCAGCUGUUCCACCAGCAGCUCAACAACAAUCAGCAGGUGUCAGAUGAAGGUCUGCUGACGGGCUCCUCUCUGCUCCCGGAUCAGGAGUGCAGCCGCUCAUUAACCGAGUCCCCGUUAGGUCCUCCUCCUCGCCGCUGCAGCCCCCGCAUGAAGAAGCUCCUCUCCUCUCACAAAGCUCCGAAACACGCCGCUGUGCAGGUGAGUGAGUGGGAAGCAGUGGUUUAUGGGAAGACGGAGGACCAGCUGAUCAUGACGGAGGCGGCCCGGCAGUACCUGUCCCCCUACCCGUCCUCCGGCUCCACCUCCAGGACGCUGGUGCUGUAGUCAGACCCUCCCCCAUGAGCGACAGCCUUCCUGCUGCUGGUCUGUCCCUCACACGCGUCUGAGUAAAUCCUCCAGGGGUUCUUUACAGAAGUUCAGAGACUACGUUUGUUUUCCUAGUCAGAGAAGUUGAAGCUGCUGCACGCGGCCGGCUGUAGGUAGAGUUUAUUUCUAGCUGCUUCUGAGUUGAUAUUGUUAAUAUAUUGUUUAAAAAUCUAUAAUGUAACGCUACUCAUGGCGCUUCUCCUCCGGCUUGUUUUCAUAAACAAGCCCCAUCGCUGCUGUCACAAAAAAACAUGCUAAAUUAAUUAAAAUGACCCCCAUCACUUCCUCCAUCUUCAUGUGUAACAAUAUUCACUUUGAUAUGAUAUGAAACAGAGAAAAGCAGCAAAUCUCCAGAUUUAAAAGACUGAAAACUGCAUAUUUUGACAUUUCUGCAGGAAAAUGUACUCAAUGAAUCAAUUAUCAACAUAUUUGAAGAAAUCAGAGAAUAAAAUGCAUUUAGACUCAUAAGAGUGCAGAUUAUCAUUAUGGAUUAAUGGUUUGGUGUUUAAAAUGCAAGAAAAUAUUGAAAAUGUGCAAGAUUUUAGAGGCUGAGCACAGCAUAUUAUUAGCAUUUUUAAUCUAAUCUAAUAUCAAACUUUGGAGAAAUCGGAGAAUUAAAUGCAUAACAAUUAUCCCCAAGUCCAACGUGAAGUCUUUAAAUGUGCAAAGCCGCGUAUCUGAGAGGCUGGAAACAGUAUUAAUGCAUGAAUGACUCACAGAUGCACGGUGUGGUUUCUUUGUGACGGCAGCGAGACGUCGCUGAGUUGGAGGUGUAGUUUGUGAGCAGGUCAGAAACUGUCAGUAUUGCACUACUGAGUGGACUCGCUGCUGUGGGGGGGGGGCAGGGAUUUGUGAUUAAGGGCAAACUGGACAGCUCUGGGGAGGCUCCUCUCCAGGGCUGUCCAGACGUGGGUUGAAUGUAUUUCCUGAACCUCAGAAGUGGAAAUGUACCUUUCUUAAUGUGUAUUUAUUUUCUCCUUUAGAUAUUAAUAUAAAUCAGACGCCAUCAAUCCCCUCCAGCAUUUGGUCGAGACUGUUCCACGAGAAGGCUCUAGGUUUUAUUUAUUUAAUGUCUACUAAUUUAUUUAUUUCCUAAAAUAAGAGAAAUUAUUGAAGAAUUUUAUUGUUUUUUUCUCAUUUGGGCUACCGUUCAUUUCCAUGACUCCCAGUUAGAAGCACUGCCCCUAAUGUAGUCCCUCUGAGUCCUGCUGGUCUCUGGUCUGUCUAACGCAUAGCAGGACUCCGACCUCUAAUCAUAGACAAAUUGCACUUUUGUGUGUGUGUGUGUGUGUGUGUGUGUGUGUGUGUGUGUGUGUGUGUGUGUGUGUGUGUGUGUGUGUGUGU